AUGCUUAUUACUGCAACUCAAUCCAUUCAAGCGUCUCUGAAGGACGCUGGUAUUAUUCCCGAUGUUGUUGAUAACUUUGCCCCUACCGCAAUUUUGAGUGUUAAGUAUGGCGAGAAAAGUUUAGAGCUGGGAAACGAAUUCACUAUUAAUGAAACGAAAAAUACUCCAAGUAUCGAAUUUGUUGCCGAAGACGAAAAUUCUCGGUACACGCUUUUGAUGGUUGAUCCGGACGCACCAAGUCGUGCAACACCUAAGAACAGGGAAUGGCGUCAUUGGAUAAUUGGAAAUAUUCCACAUUCAGGAAAUUUAUCAGAAGCAACUGUAAUCACUUCUUAUAACGGACCAACUCCUCCUCCUGGCACAGGAUUUCACCGAUAUGUUUUCUUGCUAUAUCGUCAACCUGAUUCACAUCUUGAAUUUCAAGCUGUUCCUUCCCCUCGUGGUGGAUUUAAAGCUCGCCUUUUUGCUGAACAACAUGGAUUACAAUUAGUUGCGGCUAAUUUCUUCUUGUGUAAAAAUGAACAUUAA